CCUACAUCUCGCCUUCUGCAUUCUGUACAAGGGAGACGCUACUUCUAUGUUGUGUUUUUGUACUUUUAAACCAGUGUUUCCCUUUUCUUGCUCUCAUCGAUCUGCUGGGAAUCCGUUGUCGACCUGGUUCUUUUAUAAUUUUCUCACAUGAGUUGUUCACCUUUCUUGGAGGCAGUUUCCUGUUUUGCCUGUGAAGCCGCCUGCGUCACACUCCCUCCUCCUCAUCUUAACGUUCAUGCUUUCAUCAUCAUAAUCUUGCUCGUCUUCAAUGGGGAUUAACAUUAGCAUAAGUCUAAGGACCAGUGGACGCUGACCCUCCCCCCCUUCCUUUUGAAUCGCUCCAAAGAAUUUUGUCUCUUUUUCCCUGUGAUACAUUUUCUUUUCUUUGGGUCAAGGUAAUCAAGAAGGUGGGUGAAGAUGCUGAACCAGGGUGCCGUAAUGCUCUUUACAGGGCUGUGCGGGGCCUUGGUGGUUUUGGCGAUCGCCUAUUAUACCUACUGGUCUUGGAUAUUGGCUGACGGGCCUUGCAAACGGGGCUUGUAAAGGGAACCGAACCCACUGUGGUCAGCUGUAGUGCGUGGGUAGCCCCGCCCCCCCCCUCCCCCUCCCCCUCCCCGGACAGCCUUAGCCAUGGGGCUGAUAGCGUAUGUCAAGAGCCUGUUCAUACUGCAGCUGCUCGCAGGCUUCGUCUUUGUGGUCAGUGGCCUCAUCAUCAACUUCAUUCAGCUGUGCACCUGCGUCCUGUGGCCCUUAAACAGGCAGCUCUACAGGAAGAUCAACACCCGCCUCUCGUACUCCCUGUGGAGCCAGCUGGUCAUGCUGCUGGAGUGGUGGUCAGGAACAGAAUGCACCCUCUUCACCGACCAGGCCACGGUGGACAAGUUUGGCAAGGAGCACGCCAUCAUCAUCCUCAAUCACAACUACGAAAUUGACUUCCUCUGCGGAUGGACCAUGUGUGAACGCUAUGGCGUGCUUGGGAGUUCAAAGGUCUUGGCUAAGUACGAUCUGCUGAAGGUGCCUCUGAUUGGCUGGACCUGGUACUUCCUGGAGAUAGUCUUCUGUAAGAGGAAGUGGGAGGAGGACAGAGACACCGUGUUCAAAGGCCUAAACCAGCUAAAGGAUUACCCUGAGUUCAUGUGGUUCCUAUUGUACUGCGAAGGCACCCGUUUCACACCGAAGAAGCACAAGAUUAGUAUGGAGGUUGCCGAGAGCAAAGGCUUGCCUAAACUCAAACAUCACCUGCUGCCCCGAACCAAAGGCUUCACAACGACGCUAAGCUGCCUCAAGGGCACAGUUUCGGCUGUUUAUGACGUUACACUGAAUUUUAGAGACAAGCAGGUCCCGACGUUGCUCGGUAUUGUCAAUGGAAAGAAGUACAAGGCGGAUAUGAAUAUCAAGAGGUACUCUGUGGAGGAAAUCCCAGAUGAUGAGAAGGAGUGUGCAGCCUGGCUUCACAAGCUCUACCAGUGGAAGGACGAACUGCAGGAGCAAUAUGAGAAGGAGGGCUGUUUCCACGGACCCACAAUCAAGCCACCUCGUCGGUUGUGGACGCUGCUUAACUUCCUGUUCUGGGCCACCCUGCUUCUCACCCCCCUCCUCAACUUUGCCUGCGGGGUGGUCGUGAGCGGUUCCCCCCUCCUUAUCGUCGGUUUCUUGAUCUUCUGCUUCAUUGCCUCCAUAGCUGUGCGCCGCCUGAUCAGUGUAUCCGAGGUGAACAAAACAGGCUCUACUUACGGCAACAUGGAGGGAAAGAAGGAGAACUAGAACUGGAUGGCAGUCACUUUACAGUCCCUCUGUGGUCAACGCUUGGUCUCCAAGACAGACCCUUGUAUAAAAUAACAUGUUAACACAACAGGAGGGUUGGGGGAAUAUAAAAAUAUACCUUAUUAGAUGUGAGUUAAAUAUUCAUUAUUAUGAUUGGGACACGGAAACAAAAGAGAAUAUGGAACGGUUCCAGAUGAUUCCCUUGAAACGCAUCCUUCCAGUGAGGUGGGGUGACGGACGGCAGCACUGAAUGAUAGAUGCCGGGGGGUGUAGCACUCUCCCCCAAUGCUCCCAGCGCCCCCUCCCCCUCGAGCCCCUCCAUAGGGUUCUGUUUGUUCACACGGCCGCCUGGUUCAGCGCAUCCAUACACAUGCUCCAGAACUCUCCUGAUUCAGCCGCCCCACUCCCUGUCACAGCAGCCCGUCCGGAGGACGUUCUCUCCACCCACCCAGCCGUUUCUCUGACCGGGCAAGCCCAAUACUAGUCUUACAUUGCUCUGUAGUUCCAGCAAGAUGAUCUACUGUCUGGAGAAGACUGCAUUUCCAAGCAUGCAUUAGCUCCCCCCCAGGUGGGUUGGAUGUGGUGGUUGAUCUUAACACCUCGGAGAACAUCCGGUUCUUAGGUUGUGUAGGUCUCCUAAUGAACUUGAGAUUAAUCUGGAGUCUGGCUUCCUCAAGAAACUACAAGAGCACUUAACAAGAAACGAGAUUGAGCAUGCUGCUGCUAAUCCUCACAUCCCUCCCAGAAAAGCAGAAGUGAUGGCCAUUCUCGCACCACUAAAUUGCUAUAUUGAAUGUUAAUAUAAUGAUGACAGGUUUGGGCCUUAGUUUAUUUCUGAAUUGCUUGUAGAUUCCAUAAAUAUGGAUUGUUCUAAACAAUAAAAAAUAAAAUAAGAA